AUGCACCCCGAGCCGUCGGAGCCCGCGGCGGAGUCAGCCGCGGAGCCGAACUGCCAGCAGGAGCCAGGCGUGGAGGAGUCCGCGGGUGACCACGGGAACGCUGGCCAAGGGGGCCGCAAGGAAGAAAUUAAUGACCCUAAGGAAACAUGUGUGGGUCUUUCUGAUACCUACGAAACCCAGAAGAAACAGAGUGGAGAUAGUGGGCCAGACAGUCACUUAGCACCCCCAAGAGAAGACAGGGAAGAUCAGGGCCCCAGAAUGACUAAAAGUUUCCUGCAAAAACUCUGCAAGCAGCACAAGCUGUAUGUUACCCCAGCAUUGAAUGAUACACUGUAUCUCCACUACAAAGGUUUCGAUCGCAUCGAGAACUUGGAAGAGUACACAGGACUGCGCUGUCUGUGGUUGGAGUGCAACGGGAUACAGAGAAUCGAGAACCUGGAGGCCCAAACCGAGCUGCGGUGCCUCUUUUUGCAAGUGAACUUGCUUCGUAAAAUUGAGAACCUAGAGCCUCUGCAGAAACUGGAUGCUCUCAACCUCAGCAACAAUUACAUCAGGACUAUUGAAAACCUCUCCUGCCUCCCGGUGCUGAACACCCUGCAAAUUGCCCACAAUCACCUGGAGACGGUGGAGGACAUCCAGCAUCUGAAGGAGUGCCAGAGACUCUGCGUCCUCGACCUUUCCCACAAUAAGCUGAGCGAUCCGGAGAUCCUGAGCGUUCUGGAGAGCAUGCCAGAUCUGCGUGUGCUGAAUUUGAUGGGAAACCCAGUCAUCAGGAACAUUCCGAAUUACCGGAGGAUAGCCACUGUUCGGCUAAAACACUUAACGUACCUGGAUGAUAGACCGGUUUUUCCAAAGGACAGAGCUUGUGCAGAGGCCUGGGCCAGGGGAGGGCACGCAGCCGAGAAGGAAGAGAGACAGCAGUGGGAGAGCCGAGAGCAGAAGAAGAUUGCAGACAGCAUCGAAGCCUUGGCAUUGAUCAAGCGGCGGGCGGAAGAGAGAAAAAGACGGCAGGAGAGUCAGGAGGCAGGUGCGAGCCCUGUGCAAGGACACACAGCCCAGGUCCCUUUAGAUCAGUCUGAGCUGCUUGCCAGUGUGGACGGCCAGAAAGAGCCUCCUGAGCUUGCCAGUGUGGACGGCCAGAAAGAGCCUCCCGGGGAUGAAGAAACGAGGCUGAAAAUGGAGCUGUUUGUUAAGGAAAGCUUUGAGGCCAAGGAUGAGCUAUUCCCUGAAAUGCCCCACCGAGAAGAGGGGCUUUCCCCGGAGGUUAACAGGGAGACUGAAGAUCAGGAGCCAGAGGGAACCCUUGCUGCCAAGGCCCCACCACCACCUCCACCGCCGCCGGCCCCGCCCCUGGGAGCUGCCAGUGAAGAAUCAACUUCCCAGAUGGUGGCCACUGAGGGUGCACCGGUUACUGAAGUCAGUGGAGCUAGGACUGAAGAUUCAGAAGCCGUUAAACCAGAGACAAAGGAGACACUCUUCAUUGACGACCUACCUGACCUGGAAGAUGUUGACGCCAGUGAAUCUUUGGAAAAUCAAGAUAAGAAAAUGUGCUUUCCGAGGAUUGAGACCAUCUCGAGCUUGAGUGAUGACAGUGAUCCUGAAUUGGACUACACGUCACUCCCCAUGCUGGAAAACAUGUUCCCCGACACCCUUUCGAAUAUAUUUGCUGUUUCUAGAGACACCUCAAAGGAGGUUCAGGUGCCCUUUACAGAUAUAUUUAAAAUAGAGGCAAAGAGGGAUGUGGAAAUUCAAAGACAAGACACCAAGUCCCCACGACCACUGAUUCAGGAGCUCAGUGAUGAGAACCCCUUGGGCCAACCACUGACAUCCUCCACCUGCUCGAGAGACGCUGCCUUACUCUCGUCCAGCGAGGACACUGGCCUCCCUGUAGCCUCUGCACCAGGAAACAGCACUGGAUAGAAUGAAGUGCAGUUGGAGCUGCAGGCUGCAGAGCCCAGGGUGGGGCCAAGCUGAGGACAAUCAAAUUUGGCUUGGACUGAACCUCAAAGCAGCCCCUCUGUCCUACCAGUGACAGGGAGCAGGCACAGGUCACCCCUCUUUCUGGGUCUCCUUCCUUCCCAAGUGCUGUGGUUACCGAAGACCACCCAGGGCCUUCACUGGGACACCUGCCCAAGCCGCCCUCCUGAGCCUGCACACCUGGGACCAGCCUGCACUCCUCAUCCUCCACACAGCCAUUUCCCCUGGUUGUCUGCAGUAUAAAUAUAAUCACAAGUAUUUC